GUACCAUCUUACGACCUUCACGCCCAAAAUGCGUUUCUUCUUUCUCGCUGUCACUGCUCUUUUCGUUGCCAUUGCAGAGGCGCAGCUGACGGAAACAAUUGUUGAUGCGAACGCCGAGUCGGUGGUCAUCGUAGUUUCUACAAACACACUGUUGGGAGUUGUUACCACUCAGACGCUGGAAACGCUGACUGGGACGUCUCGUACCACAGCAACGACGGCUCUUACCACAGCAACAACGACGGCUCUGACGACGGCUGCCACAGCUACGACGGCGACCACAAACACGGAUACCACUACCACAGUCGCUCAAGUCGUUGGCGCUCCAGCUUCGACGUCCGGAACCCCUCAUGGGCCGACGCCCUAUACAUACACCACCACUAUCGAUGGUAUCACAACAUUGAUAGUGGACACUUUCACGCCAACAUUCCCUGCCACCACGCCUACAACAGCCCCUGCUACUGGGUCGAUAAUGGCCUUUAGCGAGUACGAGUCCAUAUACGGAACACCAAGUGCUGCGAGUUCCAAGGCUUCGCCGGUGGUCCUCGUAUCGCAAAAGGCAUUGAUGGGAAUGGUCGUGACGACGGUGGUCUGUUUGCUGGGUGGGGUUUGGACAAUACUUGCAUGAGAGUAGUACUUGGACAAAGACAUGGUCGACGCUGCAUCUGCAUAAUAUCCUGCUUUCUUCUCUUCAUUAUGCACUUGAAGGACUAUAUAUCUAUUAUAUCCCUGUAAUUACCCAUGCUGUAGCAGCGACCUUUGAAUCGAUGAGCUAUGUAAUCGUCA